AUGGAAGAAGACGAGGAUCCUACUGAGCCAGCGCGUGGUACGCCCACGCAUCCGAUCGAAAUCUCCGAUGGAUCAUCAUACCAUGGUCCCCAAUACCAAGGCCCUGACAGCUUUAUGGCCUUGUUCGACCAGCAUGAGUGGUAUUACACACCAUCUCAGCAUGAGUCGUCACAGCAGCAGCAACAUCAGCGAGAUCCUUCUGAGGACCCGCACUUUGAGGCAGUGACGCCACCGCCUCCCCCAGCUACUCAGCCAGUAAUGCCCGAUCCGCCAAGGCGGAGAAGAUCAAACGAAAGAAUGUCUACCCGUGGAGGGGAUUUCCACUUUAGCACCCCUCGACAUUCGAAUGGUAGCCAUUAUCCAUCCUUACCGGAGGAAGGGCCUUCAAGCCCAGCUCACGAGGCGAACUCAGCACCGGUUGCACGUAAUUCGCCACCAUUUGGGGACGACCGCCCGUUACCCCCAUACGCAACAAACUAUAAUCCGUAUGAGCCAACAUCGCGCGCGCACUACCACUACAACUACGAGCGCGACCCCUAUGUGGUAGCGGCCAGGUAUGACGCCCGCUACCCAGACAGAGCUCAAGGACCCCCAAGAGCGCCAGAUUACUCAGCACAUGGGUAUCCCGCGCCACCAAGACCUCCAGCUCCUCAAGCACAACCACGAUUCUCUCCUCCUGAGCAAGAGGAGAUACUCCAGCGAUUAGACCGCGUGGAGAGAGAGUUUGAGGAAGAAAAGAAAAGCCACCGAGGCUUCCUGAAGGGCUUGGCAAGCCUAUUGAAGGGCAAGAAGAAAAAGCGAGACCACUAG